GCUAGCUGUUAGCUCAGCCGGACCGCAGACACGUCCUCCACUUUCAACACAUGUUGAAGUUGAGCUGGAAGAAAUGUUAGCUCCGAGCAGGGACACCACCGGCUUCCCCACCUACACUAACUAAGUAAGCAUGUUUCUAAACACCCUGACGCCCAAGUUCUACGUGGCUCUCACAGGCACCUCCUCCCUCAUAUCAGGACUUAUAUUGAUCUUUGAGUGGUGGUAUUUCAGGAAGUAUGGGACCUCGUUCAUCGAGCAGGUGUCUGUGAGCCACCUGCGCCCCCUGCUGGGCGGAGUGGACAGCAGCUCUCCCACCAACUCAAACACUAGUAACGGAGAGGCCGACUCCAAUCGACAAAGUGUGUCUGAAUGUAAAGUUUGGAGAAAUCCGCUGAAUUUAUUCCGUGGAGCAGAAUAUAACCGUUAUACAUGGGUCACAGGCAGAGAGCCGCUGACCUACUACGACAUGAACUUGUCGGCGCAGGACCAUCAAACGUUUUUUACCUGUGACUCGGACCACCUGAGGCCAGCUGACGCCAUCAUGCAGAAAGCGUGGAGGGAAAGGAACCCACAGGCUCGUAUUUCUGCAGCACACGAAGCUUUGGAGCUUGAAGACUUGUCCCUGUCCUCCUCCUGUAGCUGUGCGACAGCGUACAUCCUUCUGGCAGAGGAGGAGGCCACCACCAUCAUGGAGGCGGAGCGGUUGUUUAAGCAGGCUCUAAAAGCUGGUGAGGGCUGCUACCGCCGCAGCCAGCAGCUGCAGCAUCACGGUACUCAGUAUGAGGCGCAGCACAGAAGAGACACUAACGUGUUGGUGUAUAUAAAGAGGAGACUGGCCAUGUGCUCCAGAAAGCUGGGUCGAACACGAGAAGCAGUAAAAAUGAUGAGAGAUUUGUGUGUUUUCCAGUUAAUGAAGGAGUUCCCUCUCCUCAGUAUGUUCAACAUCCACGAAAACCUGCUGGAGUCGCUACUAGAGCUCCAGAACUACGCCGACGUCCAGGCUGUUCUGGCCAAGUACGACGAUAUUAGCUUACCCAAAUCUGCAACAAUAUGCUACACAGCAGCUCUGCUCAAAGCCCGGGCAGUGUCGGACAAGUUCUCUCCAGAGGCAGCGUCCAGACGAGGCCUGAGCACAGCAGAGAUGAAUGCAGUAGAAGCUAUUCACAGAGCGGUGGAGUUCAACCCUCAUGUCCCUAAAUACUUGCUAGAGAUGAAGAGUCUGAUUCUCCCUCCAGAACAUAUUUUAAAGAGAGGCGACAGUGAAGCCAUCGCCUACGCCUUCUUCCACCUGCAGCACUGGAAAAGGGUGGAGGGAGCUCUCAACCUGCUACACUGCACUUGGGAGGGCACAUUCAGAAUGAUUCCAUAUCCUCUGGAGAAGGGUCACCUGUUCUACCCCUACCCCAUCUGCACAGAGACCGCCGACAGAGAGCUGCUACCCACAGUGUUUCAUGAGGUGUCAGUUUACCCCAAGAAGGAGCUGCCCUUCUUCAUCCUCUUCACCGCCGGCCUCUGCUCCUUCACCGCCAUGCUGGCCCUGCUCACACACCAGUUCCCUGAACUCAUGGGAGUGUUUGCUAAAGCUUUCCUCAGCACUCUGUUCGCUCCUCUGAACUUCAUCAUGGAGAAAGUGGAGAGCAUCCUGCCGUCCAGCCUCUGGCACCAGCUCACACGCAUCUGACCCGGAACGACCUCACUCAGAACCAGAACCAGGACCAACACCACGAGCAGACAUGAACAGCUGAGCUGAAACCCAGAACAGACACACCUUUGUGCCAAGAUUGACAGAGUUCAAACCAAACAGAAGAAGGAUGGUGGGACGCUGCAGAACAGAGACAUCCAGAACUGGUUUCCACUUUGACAUUUGCAUUUUUGGGGCUUUCGGUCGUUUAAAGCUGUUUUUUUUUUUUUUUUGAUCAAUUGCCAUCAUUAAAAAAAGUGAAAAUAAAAAAAAACAAUAAAAGGACUUUUUGUGUAUCUCUGCAA